UUAUCAACCAAAAGUGCGCCAUCUAAUGUUUACUUUUUUUCGUAAAUGUAAACAAACAUUUGACUCUCAAUUUUUUUGCUUCAACAAUCAACAUCCAAAUAGUAAAACCUUUCAACUCAAUGGAUUAGUUAAUCAUUAAUCUAAUUGAUGAAACUAUCCCCUUACUUAUGGAGAAUAAGUGAAUCUAAAAAAUCAAUCGAUUAGUUAAUAAUUUAAUCUACUCUGUGAAUUGUCUUGAAAGUAAUCGACUCGAUUGACAAGGUUCACUUUGUUUUUCAUUUAGUCUUUUGAUUGAUCAUCAUGGAAGAUCGUAGUGGGAAACAGCAAUCAACUAAUAACAAUAGUUACCAGAUGAAAUUUCUUAAAUUAAACAGAGAUGGAAGAAGUGCUUUUACUCCUUACAGGCCUUCAACUAUAUUGACGAACCUGCAACGGGGAAACAUUAAGACCCAAAGUAUUCGUGAAAUACCAGAGAGAACCGUGUUUGAAUUAGCUGCUCAAGGGGAACUUUACCUUCAUCACCUUGACGCUGGCGGAGUUGAUCAGGUCGAUGAAAAUGGUUUCACCGUUGUUGAUUUGGCUGCAGGUUAUGGACAAUUAACUACCGUCAAAAUGUUAAUCGCUGGAGGUGCUAAUCCAAAGGUUAGAGGUAAAAAUGGAGAAUCAGCUCUUUCCUUUGCAGCAACUAAUGGACAUGUUCAUGUGCUUCGUUAUUUAAUUGCUAGAGAUGUCAACGUAAAUGAAUAUGAUGAGGAAGGAAACACAGCUCUGAUGUAUAUAAUAAUCAUACUUUGUGUGUUCACGAAUUGUUGA